AGUCCAUUCGCUUUCUGGCAAUGUGCUUUCAUGUAGCUUCCUGGGAAAAUACAGAGUGCUCACAACAUCACUAAGGAAAAGCAGCAGAAGUAGAAGGACGAAAAAGAAGGAGGUGGAGGAGGCCUUCACCUACAUAAAUAAAUAAGACAUUUUGACAGAACAAGUCCUAAUGGUAGAGGGCUGGACCAGGAUGAAGAGCAGCCUGCACAGUGCCCCAGGCUCCAGCCCUCAUCACCGAGGAGAAUGGGUGACACAAUUUUAGGAUAUCAGGAGGCAGACGUAUUGUUCCGGAUGAAACAUCCUCAUACUUACAUCAUGCAUCUACAGUAGAGUGACUCCUAAGAGUUGGCCUUACUUCCAGCUGCCAGUAAUUGAAUGAACAGUGACGAGGCCUUGCCGAGGAGAGACGGUGAACACAGGACAUUUAUCCGAGAAACACUACUACCUGCUGGACCUCUUCUGGAUCAGUGCCAUCCUGCCAAGAACCAGGGGAAAGCAUUUAAUAUUGGAGGUGGGGAUGGCAGCAGGGAGUAUCACCACUCUCCCAAUAGGACCAGAUGAUGGGGGUAGCACUCCAUUUCCCCCAGGAAACUUUAAAGACCCCAAGAGACUCUACUGUAAGAAUGGAGGAUUCUUCUUGAGGAUUAAUUCAGAUGGGAAAGUAGACGGAUCUCGUGAGAAGAGUGAUUCACAUAUAAAGUUGCAGCUUCAAGCAGAAGAGCGAGGCGUUGUAUCAAUCAAGGGAAUCAGCGCAAACCGAUACCUUGCAAUGAAAGAAGAUGGAAGAUUAAUGGCACUGAAGUGCAUAACUGACGAAUGCUUCUUUUUCGAACGACUAGAAUCCAACAACUACAACACUUACCGGUCUCGCAAAUACAGCGAUUGGUACGUGGCACUAAAGAGAACUGGGCAGUACAAAAAUGGAUCGCAGACUUCACCAGGACAAAAGGCUAUCCUGUUUCUUCCCAUGUCUUCAAAGAGCUGA